CAGAUGAACUGGGAGGGGCCAGAAAGCUUCACAUAGUUUCAGGGGGUGGAAGUAAACAGAAAAAACGUAUUUAAGAUGCUUGGAGAGAGACUUAGAAAGCUCAUACUCUGACAGGAGGGGUCUGAAAAAAGGCUGAUUCUUCAGGCUCCACCUUCACAGGCUCACUUCAUUGGAAGAAAGCUAGGUACCAUUCUGCUGCAGCACUUGCAGCAAGUUUCAUACAUACCCCAGCUGCAUUCAGACUGCCCGCAGUCAGUUGGGAGCUUUCUGUUGCUGUAAGCAAAAAAUGCCAGCAAGAUCCACUGUUCAGCUGGCAUGGCUCUGCAUUAUCACUGUGUCUGUUGCUGUCUAUCCAGCACUGCUGCAGAAGCCUCCUAAAAGGAGGACGAUCAAUGGGAACGUACAGUCCAAGAUGACGGGAUGCUGCGAUGAGAUUAAAGAGCUCAAGUUGCAAGUAGCCAACCUGAGCAGAAUGCUGCAGGAGCUGAGCAAGAAGCAGGAAGGUGACUGGGUGAACGUGGUCAUGCAGGUGAUGGAGCUGGAAGGAAGCACCAAGCAGAUGGAGUCCCGCCUCAUUGAUGCUGAGAGCAAGUACUCCGAAAUGAACAACCAGAUAGAUAUCAUGCAACUGCAGGCAGCUCAGACGGUCACGCAGACUUCGGCUGUAGAUGCUGUCUAUGACUGCUCAUCACUUUAUCAGAGGAACUAUCGCAUCUCUGGUGUUUACAAGCUACCUCCUGAUGAAUUUCUGGGGAGUCCAGAUCUGGAGGUGUUCUGUGACAUGGAGACAGAUGGAGGUGGCUGGACAAUCAUUCAGAGGCGUAAAGUUGGUCUGACAUCUUUCAAUAGGGACUGGAAACAAUACAGGGAUGGAUUUGGCAACAUUCGAGGAGAUUUUUGGCUGGGAAAUGAAAACAUCUACCGACUUUCACGGCGUCCCACUGUUCUGCGGGUAGAGUUGGAGGACUGGGAAGGUAACAUACGCUACGCACAAUACAAGCAGUUCACCCUGAGCAAUGAAUUAAACAGCUACCGUCUUUUUGUGGGCAACUACACUGGCAACACAGGACGUGACUCCCUGAGGUACCACAACAACACAGCCUUCAGCACAAAGGACAAAGACAACGACAAGUGUGUGGAUGACUGCGCCCAGUUCCGUAAAGGUGGAUAUUGGUACAACUGCUGCACAGAUUCCAACCUGAAUGGGGUUUACUACCGCAAAGGAGAACACACCAAAAACAUGGAUGGUAUCACCUGGUACGGAUGGCAUGGCUCAACCUAUUCCCUAAAACGGGUUGAGAUGAAGAUCCGGCCAGAGGACUUCAAACCAUAGAGGAAAUCAAUCCCUGAUCACACAGCUUCAUGAUGCCACUAUGGAGAAGGUGGGCAACUAACAACUCCCACCAAUUAAUUGUCCACUUCAUCUAGUAUGUGCAAAACAUGCACAGUAUGUACACGCAGAGUCACUAAGGCUCACCAAACACCAGAUACAGCCACCAGUGUUAUCAGGGCUCACACUUAUCUCCUCCUCUGAAGAUUCUUUCUAAAGGGAUAAAUACUGUGUUAGAAUAGGUUAGAACAAAAGGCAAAACACCUCCUGCACUUUACAGCACCUUCAGAAAACUUCCUGGUGUGUUUUCACUAGCAUUGCAAAUCAUGGGUUGUACUGAUCAGUUAGGCAGGGACUGCAAAAAGAAAGCCUCCUUGUUCCCAUUCCAUCUGUCAAGUGUAAGUAUUGCUGCUUAGCUCCUUUCAAGAGGGAUUCAAAUGACAAAAGCAACAUAUUGGUCUCAAACCAAAUCACCAAACAGAAGUGUUCUUGAUGUACCUUUUUUCAGCUUACAUCCCCACAGAAGGAAGAACGAAGCCCAAACAUUCUCCAUAAGCUAAUAUUGUGCAGGUUCUCUCCUGAAGUUUUACUGCCAUCUCCUGCUGCUGUCCCCACAGACAGCUGCACACAGCAGACAGUGCCCUGGAGAAAGGAUUUAUCCCAUAUCCUAUACAAUACUUAUUCCUAAAGCCUGAUAAAACUAGAUUGCAACAUUUCAGGCCACCACCAAAUUAUGUUCGUGUUAGGAUAUAGAAGUGUUCUAUAAGGCAGUAAGAAAAUAAGAACACAGCAAGUUAGCAAAAAUAAAGACCCAGCCAACCAACCCCACUCCCACACCUGAAACCACUGUAUCCUCAAGCAAAACACUACUACACACCAGAGAACCCAAGUUAUUAAAUCACACUUCAUGUGCUGAGAAAUAUCCACAUUUGUUCUGAAGAUCUUCCUACUGAAAGUGAACUGGAGAUGUUAUGUUGAAAAUCAGGAUCUUGUUUCUCCCUUUUAUAACACAGUGUUGCAAAUAACAUUAAAAAAAGACUCCUCCCAUAGCCAUACUCUUGUUUGAAUAUGUUGGAAAAGAUAUAGUUAUAUUUAAUAUAUCUAUUUUUAUUCACCUUAAAGAGGACUUGAAUCUAAUUUAAAUUGUUUGGUCUCAUAUGAAAAUGGAGAUAGAAGUGUCAGAAAUUGCUUUAUCUAUGUUUGAUUAUUAAAUGUUUGACUAUUCAUACUAUAAAUUUCAGCUGCAUGGAACUAUAGCUGGAACCAUUUAAACUGUGGUUUAGAAAGAGGAUUUGAAAGAUUUCUAAACUUCAAGAUUUCUAAUAAACUGCCUUUCAUUUUUAA